AUCGGCACUUGAUUUGGUGCCGUGUUGGGGGUUCGAACCGAAAGAGAAAGUUACUUACGAUCACCGCAGCUUAAAUUACUUUCAUCCAGAAAUCCUGCGUUACGAAAUCCCGUCUCACUUUUGUUUUGGAUUAUGUGACAACCGUGCACAAGUGUUUUUCUAGCUACAUUCCAGGGUUCCUUUGUGGUAAGCCUUCGUUGCAUUCCAAUACGCUCAGUGAUAGUGCUUUUAUCUGGCACCAACUCCUUCUCAUCUAUAAUAAUUGGUCUUCAGAUCGUUGGACGUGAAGGCGCUUUAAAGAUCCAGCUGGAUCAAUCGAGAACGAUCCAAAUCUUCGUUACACGGUGUGCAACACUUGCCGUCGAAGGAAUCUACCUGACUAGCGCCCAUCAACCAUGAAUAUACCAAAUCAGUACUUAGAAAAAACAGAAGAAGUAGCCGAUCAGGUAAUUCGAAAAGGUAAACAUAUUCUACCACAUGUCGCUCGAUUAUGCCUGAUUGCCACAUUCCUGGAAGAUGGCAUUCGUAUGUGGGUGCAAUGGAACGAACAACGCGAGUACAUGGACAUGAACUGGGGCUGCGGCAAGUUUCUAGCUACGAUGUUUGUUCUGGUCAAUCUGAUCGGUCAGAUCGGUGGAUGCGUGAUGGUACUCGGCCGACUGAAGGUGAGCAUCGCUUGCUGGAUGCUGUUCAGCAUUGUGGUCUUGCAGACCGUUGCAUAUUCCGUCCUGUGGGAUAUUCAGUUCCUACUACGCAACCUGGCAUUAAUAGGAGCGUUGCUGCUCGUACUGGCGGAAUCCCGAGGUGAAGCGCGGUCCCUGUUUGCCGGUGUCCCAUCGCUCGGCGAGAAUAAACCGAAGAACUUCAUGCAGCUUGCCGGACGAGUACUUCUUGCAUUCAUGUUCAUCACACUGAUUCGGUUUGAAUUGAGCUUUCUUCAGAUUGUGCAGGACAUUGUUGGUUCCAUCCUUAUGGUGCUCGUCACGGUCGGGUACAAGACCAAACUGUCGGCACUAAUCUUAGUCGCGCUUCUAACAGUGCUCAACCUCUAUCAUAACGCCUGGUGGACCAUACCUGCAUAUAAACCGCUGCGUGACUUCCUUAAGUAUGACUUCUUCCAGACGCUUUCCGUCAUUGGAGGCCUGUUAAUGAUCGUUUCCCUUGGUCCUGGCGGUGUAUCGAUGGAUGAACACAAAAAGAAGUGGUGAAAAUAGUGCCGUAAACUGUAACAUUUACCCCCUACCAUUCAAAAUCACUGUUACGCCCACGGCGUGCUAAGCAGGUAGAAAUCGAAGAUACAUUUUCGGCGAGCAUGAGAGUAAUAUUAAUUCCGGUUGCUGCUAAUGAACAAAUGUCGUUGGGUUUUCAUCUUUGUCUUCGAUAAUGAUCAACUCUUAAUUUUGGGACAAUAAUAUACAUACCACCACGGCAACUCACUAUUCACGUCUAUGAGAAUGAUGAAAACACUUUUUUUUUAAAUACAGAGUUGAAUGUACUCCUAACACCUCAUGGUUUAAUUCCCUCAAAUGAAAUGAAAGGUAGUUGCAGAGGCCCCAAUCGAAGGAAUAAACAAAUCUAUUUGAACAUUUCACAGCAAAGUACUUUCGAAGGCAUACAGGACAUAGCGUUUACUUGAAAUAUUUGUUUCUUUAUGGCUUUUUUGUCAACGUUUAGAGAUCUAUUUCUUUUCAUAAGUUAAUUUGUAUGUUAAAACUACUUUGAAAAUACCCGUAUUCUGAUCAUUCGGGAACCGUGUUAUGAAUGCAUCGGAAAAUGACGACGGCUUUAUAAAAAAGAGUAAAGGGAAAGGAAAAUCAAUAAAAUAUAACAGCUGGACUCAAAUAUUCAAAACUGGGACAAAGUUUUUUUUAAAAAGAAGAAUAAAAACCUUCAUUU